UAAACAGAGUCAGCUAUUGGUUGAAACCUGGUUAAUGAACUCGUGGCUUCUAUAACUCACUUAUGCAAAAUGUUUUUGUAGCUGAUCGACGCUGUAGUGGUUGUAGUGGACCUGUAGCUUAUUUGUUCCUGCCGGUGGUUUGGAGACGUCUUCUAGGAAACCUAAAGCCGCUUCCAGCAGCUUGUUCCCCGCCUCAGACAGCAGGAUGUCGGCGGUGCCCAGAGUCAGACUGUCUGGAGGUCUGGAGGUCUGCAGGGUGCUGAACGGGAUGUGGCAGGUGUCCGGGGCUCAUGGAGCCGUGGAUAACGACAAAGCAGUUCAGGCCAUGCAGGCCUACGUAGACGCUGGUCUGACCACAUUUGACAUGGCAGACAUCUACGGGCCUGCAGAGGAAAUAUUUGGACAGUUCAACAGCCAGCGCAAAUUGUCCGGGAAUGACAUCCCAGCUCUGCAGAGUCUGACCAAAUACGUGCCCAGACCAGGACCGAUGGACCGCAAGGUGGUGGAGAAGGCGCUGCGGCGCUCCAUGAGCCAUAUGCAGGUGGACAGUCUGGACUGUGUUCAGUUCCACUGGUGGGACUACAGAGACAAAAGAUACCUGGAGGCUCUGGGACACCUGUCCGACCUGCAGCAAGAGGGACUCAUACGAGAGCUCGCCCUCACUAACUUCGACACACAGAGGAUGGAGGAGAUCACCAACAGAGGCAUCCGCAUCUCAAGCAACCAGGUUCAGUACUCGUUGAUUGACCAGCGACCUGCAGCCAAGAUGGAGCAGUUCUGUCUGGCUAACAACGUCCAGCUCCUCACGUACGGCACUCUGGCUGGCGGUCUACUGUCAGAGCGCUAUCUUGGGAAGACGGAGCCUAAUACCAGGGCAGAGCUCAACACCGCCUCCCUCUCCAAGUACAAGAACAUGAUCGACUCGUGGGGUGGCUGGAGCCUUUUCCAGGACCUCCUCGUUGCCUUGGAGACCGCUGCCAGGAGACACGACUGCUCGGUGGCCAGCGUGGCAACACGUUACGUGUUGGAUCGCCCCGCGGUGGGUGGGGUCAUCGUGGGUUGUCGGCUAGGCGUCGCAGGGGCGGGGCAACACAUCAGUGACAGUCUGCGUAGCUGCAGCCCUGACCUGAAGCUGACAGCGGAAGAUCUCGCCGCCAUUGAAGCAGUGACAGGACGCAGCAGGGACCUCACUGCGCUCAUCGGGGACUGCGGGGAUGAGUACAGGAGUUAAAGGGGGAUGGGGGAAGCAUAGCUGACUGACUGGGUGUGACAGAUGGGGUGAAGAGGAGGAGGAACAUCUCACACAGGCGGAUGAAAAUCAGUUCAAUUCUCCAUUAAAAUGUUUUGCCACAUUUGAUCCAUAUUAGUUUUUGCACACAAAGACUGUCAAGUGAAGUAAAACUUUAUUUGUAUAACAACAUUUAAAAACAAUCGUAGUUGACCGAAGUGCUGAACAGGAACAAAAUACAAAUGACUACAAAGCAAACAACAAUAAGAAGAAAGGGAAACUUAGAAAGAGCGUUCAGUAGCUGAGUACCUUUUACUUUUUAUACAACCUCUGAAGAUUAUGUGCCUCAAACGAAGUGUAGUUAUUUAACCCGCUGAAUAUUUGAUGCGGUAAAACAGAUUGAACACUUUUCUCCUACAGUGUGUUCUUGCAGUGCUUAAUUACUUUUUAAUGUGGGAGAGAAGCUUCUCAUUCAGGCUUUAAUAGAGUUGCACUGAGAUGCACAAACACACAGUAAUCAGUGUUUACAUUUAAGUGUCUAGUACGUCUUUUAGUUACAGAAUUAAGAUAUUAAGUUCAGUGUCUAAACUAUCAUUUUAAGCUUAUACGCUGUGAUUCAAAGGAGCACUGGCAGCUAGCGUUUAAAAUGAGUAACAGCGGUCCAAAUUCCAAACUUUGGAGCCGUCGCCUGUCCGCUCCUCAGGUGUGACACAUUUUCACAAUUUGAGGGUUACCUUCUAGACAAGACCGCGUUAGCCUCUGGCCAGCAGUAGUCAGAAUCAUUUCACCUGCUGUAUCUCAAAUACUCGCUUCUUUGAUAACACAGCUGACCACAGAGAGAAGUGCCGAGGCUUUUCAGGUCGGGUAGAAUCUAACGUUAACGUUAUCUCUGUUGAUCCAGUUGGUUUGCUUCCAUGGCUGCAGAAGUCUGUGUGUCUGUAUACCAAUUUGUUUCAUAGUAUGUGGCAACGGGGUGUUGAAAUGGGCCGUAGACGGGAUCACACAGAUCCAAAACAAGGACUUUCAGAGGAGAACAUACUGGCUGUAGCAUUGUUGACGGAGAAGCCAGUAUUUCUAUUUUGCAUGUAAUCUCUGAUGACAUAUCAUGGUCAUUUUAUGACUUACUACAGUAAAUAUACUACAUAUUGCUCCUCUAAUUCUAUAUUGUGCACAUUAUAAGAUAUGCCGUUGAAUGUAAUGUUAAAGGUGAAUCCAAAUCACCCUGAAGGAGUGUGUUGUAAAGGUAAAUAAAAGAUUUCUCAUCACA